UUUCGAAAAGAAGAAACGCGGGAAUAUGUGGAAACUUUUAUUACAAAGUGCAAUUGUGUGUGCCGUGUUAAGUUCGGUUUUGGCCAUCGAUUGUUAUGUGUGUGACGGUUCGGAUACCAAUAAUCCCUUCCAGUGUGGCGAGUUUUUUGAACGUUUCGAUGAACCCGAUAUCCAGCCACAAAAUUGUUCCAAUGUCCAUGGUGCCAAAUUCUGUAUAAAACAUGUUGGCCGUUUCGAGGGAGGUAUUGGGGCGAAACGUUUUUGUUCUUCCAAAGAUUUGGGCAACUAUUGUGACUAUGUACGCAACAAAGGUGAUCGCAUGGAAUACAGAUCGUGUAUUUAUACCUGCAGUACAGAUGGGUGUAACACUGCCGCUGGUGUGUAUCAACAACCUCUGCUCUCAGUGUUGAGUGUAGUGGUAGCGGUGCUUGGAUUGUGGCUGAAAAAUCUCUUCUAGAA